UCACACGCUUUAUUUGGCUCUUCACAUUUCAGCCAACAAAAUUCUGCCUAAUCCAGAAAAAAACAAAGUGAGAACAAAGAGAACAGUGGAUUUCUAAAAUUGAUGAAAUCUGUGAGACAAAGGACAAGGACUAAAAGGGAAAAAGAAAAGAACCAAUAAAAAUCAACAAAUUCUUGCUAAACAAUUGUUAUCCUUCUAAGUUCUAAUCCAUCAACCCCUUUUCUUCAUGUUUUCAGAUUUCUAUCACUGACCCAUCUCUGAAAAGUUUUAAACUGCCUUUUUAAUGUGAUUCCACUUCAAAAAUAUUAUCUUGUUUCUUGGAUUUUGGCUAGAUCUUUGUCUAUUCCAGUCUUGAUGAACCCCAUCUGAAAGAAAGAAUCAAGAUGACAAGAAGAUUGAUUCAAUUAGUCAGACACAACUGUUGGAUUAUAUAGAGCUUAUAAUCUCCUUUAGGGAAGAUGAUGAAAUUUGUGAGUGAAUGAGAUAGCAAGUGGGUCACUUUCAAUUGGUUUAGUCAUCUGGUUUUGCAUUUUAGAUGUUUCUGACUGAUGACAUAUCUUUUGUUCCAAGAGUAUUUCGAUCAGUGAAGCAAGUAGGGGUUUAUAGGAAGGAGACCAUAUCUUGUAGUGAUGAUCAAACAGAUACUCAAUAAGCUUCCUAGGAAGCCGUCUAAGUCAGCAGAAAAUCGCGAUGGACCCUCAAAUGCUUCAACUAGUUCAAUAAGCAGUGAUUUGUCUAGUUCUCGGUCUGGGAAUUCGAGUGCUAUGUCUCUUUCAGGAACGACUUCUUCUUUAGCUACUGGACUGAGUAAUGUAGAUAGACUUCCCAUGGCUGUAAAUACUAAGGUGAAUGGAAUAGUUUCCCCAUAUGAGGUGUUGCCUAGUUUUAGAGAUGUACCAAAUUCUGAUAAACAAAACUUGUUCAUCAAAAAGCUGAACUUGUGUUGUGUCUUGUUUGACUUUACUGACCCAACGAAAGAUUUGAAAGAAAAAGACAUCAAGCGACAGACAUUGGUGGAGCUAGUUGAUUAUGUUACUUCUGCAGAUGGGAAGUUCACGGAAACUGUCGUGCAAGAAACAGUUAAAAUGGUGUCCUUGAACUUAUUCAGGUCUCGUGCUCCUCAACCUCAUGGAAACCAAGUAUUGGAAGCUCUUAUCUUGGAAGAAGAGGAACCCUUAAUGGACGCUGCAUGGCCACAUGUGCAAAUUGUGUAUGAGUUGCUUCUCCGGUUUGUGGCAUCACCGGAGACGGACCCAAAAUUGGCUAAGCGAUACAUUGAUCACUCUUUUGUUCUCAGGAUAUUAGAUCUCUUUGGUUCUGAUGAUCCAAGAGAAAGGGAGUACUUAAAGACUGUACUGCACCGCAUGUAUGGAAAGUUCAUGGUGCACCGCCCGUUCAUAAGGAAAUCAAUCAACCACAUAUUUUACAGGUCUAUUUUUGAAACUGAGAAGCAUAAUGGAAUAGCAGAACUCUUAGAAAUUUUGGGAAGUAUAAUUAAUGGAUUCGCUCUGCCACUGAAGGAAGAGCACAAAUUGUUCCUUGUUCGAGCUCUUAUUCCACUUCAUAAACCAAAAUGUAUACAAAUGUAUCAUCAGCAAUUAUCUUACUGCAUCACACAAUUUUUAGAAAAAGACAACAAGCUUGCUGAUACUGUUAUAAGAGGUUUGUUGAAAUACUGGCCAAUCACAAACAGUUCAAAGGAGGUAAUGUUCUUAGGUGAACUCGAGGAGGUAUUAGAAGCAACUCAGCCACCAGAAUUUCAGCGUUUUAUGGUUCCCUUGUUUCGUCAAAUGAGCCUUUGCUUGAGCAGCUCACACUUUCAGGAGGUCUUCCAUCUUGCAAUCUCUGAAGUCUUAAAUGUGGCCGAGAGAUCUUUGUUCCUGUGGAACAAUAGUCAUGUUGAGAACCUAAUCAGACAAAAUCGCAAAGUUAUACUGCCAAUAAUCAUCCCUUCCUUGGAGAAGAAUGCUAGAGGCCACUGGAAUCAUGCAGUGCAAAGCUUGACAUUAAAUGUUCGCAAAAUCUUCUUCGACAUUGAUGCUGAACUCUUUGAAGGGUGCUUGCAGAAAUUUGAAGAGGAUCAGGACCGGGAAGAAGAGACAAAAGUGAAACGUGAGACUACAUGGAAAAGAUUAGAAGAAAUCGCUGCAAUGAAAGCUACAAGCAAUGAGUUAGUGCUAGUUUCUUGAACGACAGCCCCUCAUUCACCAUUUAGCUAGAGACUCUUAUAUCUUCAUUACUGUUACUUUUCCGUUGAAGAGCUGACUAGUAUGUUAUCAAGGAUGUGGAAUCCAACAAAGUAAGUUACGUCAAUUGUACAUAUGCAAUUGCAUGAUCAGAGAAUCCCAAGAUUUUUUUUGAGUCCACAGCCAGCGUCUCUAGCUGGAGUUUAUUCGAUAGGUGUAUCCUCUUUGUUGGAUUUACAAACGAUCGAAAAAGCACAAUUCUUCAGGUAUAUGUUUAUGAUCUUUUUGCUUCUAGUUUUGUUUUAGUUUGCUGAUGAAAUCUCUGUACCAUCAUGUGUAUGCUAUACAUUUUCAGCUUGGCCUGAAAUGCUUUUGUAGAUAAUCUUCAAAAUAUCUAAAUUAACGCGGGCUGAAUCAAUGUUCAGCAGCACAAUUCUUCUGAUUU